UGUUGCGGAAAGUGCCUCCACUGUAUGUGAUGCUUAGCUUAGUGAGUUGUGCGGGUGCAAGAGAUGUGUGGCAGUCGUCCYCCGGUCUGAAGGGGGCGCUGCAUACUAAAAAGAACCCCUGCGUCCUGGAAGAGAGAGAGAGAGACRGUGYGUGUGUGUGAGGAAAAAGAGAGUGUGUAGAUGACGACCGGAGCAGCGGCUGUAAGAAAAGUCUGUGCAGCUUUCACCUGUUAUGCUGGAGUUAUUAAAAGUUAACCUCAACCAUCUCCGUGCCACCGCGUGAUUCAUGUUAAAGGCGUGUGAGGGAGUUAACCCCGAACUGGAAACUUCGGCCCUGGAGAAACAUCUCCCCUGUGUCUUCAGACCACGGUCUUUGAACGCAUCACGGAUGUAAACAAUUAGAGCGCACCUGUCUGCAAUAACUGAAAACAGAGUUCCAGUGGACGGACUGGACAUCCGGUGUGGAGAAACCAGAGUUACAGUAACAGUGAAGAGACAAUUUUUCAAACAAAGACGGGUUCCGUUCAAACCAGAGUUUCUUCGACUUGGACUCGGUUCCUCCCAGAGGAGCUCCUGUGGACCAGAGACACCGGUAUCUGACACCGAGAUGGUUCUUUCUGCCGGACUUCAGGACUGCGGGACCGAGUCCAGGGUUCAUGGGAAGUGGCUUGUUUAUUCCAAUCAGCUGUUCGUGUUUCCAGCUGUGCUUCCUACUCUGACAGGAAGUGUGAUCGUUCGAGGAACAACCAUUGUCAUCCCUGUGGAGUGUCACUAUGAGAGGAAGCAGACGGUUAAAGGAGAACCGUUGGUACCGACCUGGAUCCCCUUGACCUCCACCAUCAGUGCUUUUGGUCUUCUGCACUUCUCCCUUCACACCAUGGCAGAGGAUUGUUCAUCUCGACGCAGUUCCUCAGUGUACCAGCAGGGGGCAGCUGUGUUUUUGGAGGCCAGAGUGGAGGCUCCUCUGCACCCUCCUCUGGCUCUGUUUGUGGACUCCUGUGUUGCUGCAGUGAAGCCUGACCCUUUUUCAGUGCCGAGCUACGAGUUCAUCACCAACCGUGGCUGUCUUAUGGACAGUGUCCUGCCAGGUUCUUCUUCCAGGUUCCUGCCUCGGGUUCAACACAACAAACUGUGCUUCAGCAUCGGAGCGUUUCGUUUCAACCACUCAUCAGAGGAGCAGAUGUUCAUCAGCUGUCAUCUUCGAGCCACUCUGAAACAAACAUCUGCCAGUCCUCAGAAUAAAUCCUGCUUCUUCCACAGUCCUACGUUCAGGUGGCGUGCCACAGAGGGAGACAGCGCUCUGUGUGAGUGCUGUGACUCUGACUGCUCCACGCUGACUGAAGACAGGGACACAGGACGUCCAGAGACAGAGAAGCAUGAGGCUGACAGGAUAAUUGGGCCGCUUCACGUUUUGCAUCAGCCUCAUUGGACGGGACGGUUGUCAGUCGGCUGACAGACUUCAGAGUGAGAAACCUUGUUUUGAUGAUGAAAGAGUUAACAGUUUCAAGGACCUGCAUCUGUGCCGUUGUUGCUUCACACCCAAUGGAAACACAACAUUUUGUAAACCAGAGAUGUCAUUUCGUGUCACACACUGACUCUUUGUGAAACAGCACGCUGGGUUUUCAGAGAUUGUUUGUUUGCAUUUCCAGGAGAAAUUCAGGAAAUAUUAAACCACCAAAUCAGAAAUGUUGUCAUUCUGACCGUCUGUGUUAUAUUGGUUGUGUUCUGUUAAAAUGUCUUAAAACUUAACAACUGUAUUAUUUGUUUGUUUUGUAUUUUGGAACUGAUUUGUAACGGCUGAAGUAGAAACUUUAAUUUGAAGGUGUACUCCACCUCCCACACCAUGACUGCUGGAGAAAGAAGACUGAUGGUUUUGAAGCCUUUAAAUAUGACAAAAACCCAUCAAUAGUUUAUUUCAAACGUGUAAAACAUUUUGAUUCUGACCCCAAAUUUAACCUUUGUUGUAAUUUUAAAAAAAUUGUAAAGUUAUAAAUUGACCAUUACUGUUCUUGCAAAAAUCAAACUAAUGAUUAGGAAGGUUGUAAAUGUAGUCUGUACUAAAUUUGUUUCAUUUUUUUUUUUUUUUUGUACCUUCAGUCUGAUGCAUCGCCCCCUGCUGGUCAUAAAAAAAUUAACAUUAAAGUGCCUCUACUUUUAUUUUUUAUCUGAUCUUUUGGGAUUUCUUUUCUGAAGUGUAUUUUUUAUUUUCAAAUAAACUUUAUUGUCCCUCGUGGGGAAAUUAUU